GAUGCGUUUUAUAGGUUAUCCAUUAUUUUUCUAAUGGGAUUCCUAUCUCCUAAUGUAUCUAUUAUCUCUGGUCUGUUUGAGCUAGCUAGCCACCCAAUCAAUGUCUAUUAUUAUUCAGUUUUAUUAAUAUAGCCAGCCUAUCAUACGCGUUGGACUUAGUUUCUUUUUAAAAACAAAACCAUGAAUACGAUGAUAAAUCGGGGAAGUUUUCAGACCCAGUUAGUUUCCAUUAUGGAAAUGCUAAGCAAAGCUGCUGUGGUUGAAAUCGGUAAACUUGUCGAUGAGUGCUCGGCGGUUCUCCGUUCUGAAAUAUCCCAACAACACAUGAACGAGAACGAGGCAUUAAAGAAGAAAUGUUACCUGCUAGAGAUUGAAUUAAAGACGGUAAAACUGCACGAACGUAAAAGGGUCAUUGCCAGCCGUUGUCAGAAUGGAGUUCAGGUCUCGGGACAAAUAUUUACGCAUCAAGCAACUGAGAACCGAGAAAAGCAGUCUGCCCCCGCCAUAGAGGGUGUCUUUGGUAAGGACUGGUGCAUGGACCUAUGGAGAAAUGGAGGCUCUAUCCCUCAGGAUAAAGAGACAAUUGGAUCGGUCAUUUUGGGCGAUGAUGACGUCACUCAGGCAAUAGACUUGGUGGACAAUGAGCCCGAGUUGGUGUUUAUCAAAGAAGAGCUGUUUGAGGAUCAGCCAGUGGACCAGCAGAGGGGACAUGCAAGCAACAGAAAAAGGAGUGUAGCAGUGGAGGAUGCUCCAGCAGUAGAGAGAACAGUUGCCAGUCAACUUCACCUAUACCAGGGGGACUUGAACACAUACCCUGCAGGCAGCCAUCAGGUACAGCCUGACACAGAGCAGCCCACAUCCGUUGAGAGCCUCAUGGAAGACCCCACUCUGGCUGGUCUGGUUGACAACACACCAGAGCCUGGUCCUGACACAGCCGAUGGAAUGUACAUGGACUAUCCUCCCCACAACACAUACGCACCAAGAAACCGGCCAAGCCUCCAGCAGGGAACUGGAAAAGACCUGAAGCAGCAGUUUGACUGUUUGUUUUGUGGGAAGAGCUUUGGUUAUUUAAGCUACUUGAAAGUCCACAUCAGACGCCACUCUGGAGAGAAACCGUUUGGCUGCACAGUUUGCGGGAAGCGCUUCGCUCAGAAGACGUACCUGAAGCUGCAUCAGCGUACACACUCUGGAGAGAAACCCUACAGUUGCACAGAAUGUGGGAAGAGUUUCUCUCAGAAGAGUUCGUUGAACGUCCACCUCCGGAGUCACACUGGGGAGAAGCCUUAUAGCUGUGUCGACUGUGGGAAGAGCUACACCUAUAAACACGGUUUUAACACACACCAAUGUUUCAAUUAAGGGAUUAGGGAGUAGUCAAUUUGUUUUUAAUUUACAUUUCAACCUUGUUUUGAAAACUGGCAACCGAAACAUCUUUAACCUUAUUGUAAUCAUGGUGGUUUGCAGUAGGUCAAGUUUGUUUUUAAACUGUUGCGCUACUGUGUGCCCUAAUGAACAUUACCCAGCUGUUACUCUUCACUACAUGGCAGAGAACUGUUCCAUUCAAGUUUUCCCUCUGCGCCGUCCGUAGGAUUGCACACACACUGCCUUCUUGUCACACAAUUGGCAAGAGACUAUGCCCCACUGUUAGAUGAGAUUUGAGUGACAUUUUUGAACAGUGGUUGUCCUGAUACCAGUUUGUGCUACUGUGAAGAAUGCCAGUGUGGUAGACCGAUCAUGUAAACGUGUGCCAAAUAAUUCUGUCAUGAAUUAUGAAAUUAAAGUAAUACAUUUA